UAUCUCCAGCCUGAGAUCCAAGAGGAGAAGAGACAGAGCAGCUGAAGCACACACUAUACACACACUAUACACACACAUACACACACAUACACAUAUAAGUACACACACAAGUACAUUGACCGAAAGAAAGAUUUUCACACACACAUAUACAUACUCGCAGAACACACAUCUACACACUGGAAACACACAUUCACAUAGAGCAACACCCUCGAUACUGGCAGACAUCUGAAGUGACCCUUGAGAGAUAGAAAGAGAGGACUUUACUGCCUAGACAUGCUGAGGGGGACACUUCUCUGGGCUGGCCUGGUGGGAUUCUAUGUCAUCGUCACCCUGUGUCCAGCCUCCUGCCAGCUGAGCGAGGAAGAUACAGAGACCCUCGUGGAGCUGCACAACAGCUACCGUGGCCAGGUGGAGCCCAAUUCCACCUACAUGCGUAAAGUGAAAUGGGAUGAGAAGCUGAAGAUCAUAGCUGAGGGCUAUGCUGUGAAGUGUAUAUGGGAGCACAACCCGGAUCUAGAGGAGCUGAACAUGGGAGAGAACCUGUUUGUGUCCAACGGACUCUUUGACCCCAACAUUGCCAUGGAGAAGUGGUUCCUGGAGCACCUAGACUACGACUACAACAACAACAGCUGCCAGGAUGACAAGAUGUGUGGACACUACACUCAGAUGGUGUGGGCGGACUCUCACUCUGUGGGCUGUGCUGCUCAUCGCUGUGACACCAUGGAGGGGCUGUCCUUUGAGAAAGUCACCUUCCUCGUCUGCAAUUAUUAUCCAGCAGGUAACUUUAAUGAUGAGAAACCCUAUGAGGAAGGUGAAUGGUGCUCCAAGUGUCCAGACAACCUGCCGCGAUGUGACCAGAACCUCUGUGUGCCUGAUGCCCCUGAGCCUACAGAGGAGCCUGAUGUAGAGAAGGAGACAAUGGACAGCUCUCCCUCAGGCACUAAUGAGCCCUCCACACACACAGCCACAGCCACCACCCCCGCCACAGCCACCGAGGACACACCGCCAUCACCACCGAGGACACAACCCGACUACUCAUCAGCUCCUGAGCCAACCAUGGCUGACAGAGCGGAGACAGACACAGAGCCUGGGGAGGAGGAGGAGGAGGAGGAGAAGGAGAAGGAGGAGGAGAAGGAGGAGGAGGAGAAGUGGGAGGGGGAGGAAAGAGCGACAGUGAGGGAGAAGGACAGUACUAGGGAACAACCUAGGGCCAACGCAGGAAGUGUUUCUACUUCCCUGCUUCUGGUUACUAGCUUGAUGCCUUUACUGUCAAUGGGAUUGUGAGGGAGUGCAUGAGGGAAAAGGUAUCACGCACACACACGCACUAUCUGGAGCUGAACUGGACAUUGGUGGAAGUUGAAUUACAUUGUGAUAUAAUUAAGCAAUAAGGGCUGAGGGGGUGUGGUAUAUGACCAAUAUACCACAGCUAAGGGCUGUUCGUAUGCACGACGCAUCGCAGACUGCCUGGAUACAGUCCUUAGCCGUGGUAUAUUGGUCAUAUAUAUUGGUCAAAUACCACAAAUCCCAGAGGGGAGCCUUAUUGCUAUUAUAAACUGGUUACCAACGUAAUUAGAGCAGUAAAAAUAAAUGUUUUGUCAUACCUGUGGUAUACGUUCUGAUAUACCCCGGGUGUCAGUCAAUCAGCAUUCAGUGCUCGAACCACCCAGUUUAUAAUUAUGUAUACAGCAUGGAUUUAUAUUAAAUAAACCAAAGUAGCUAAUUUCAUGGUUAUUUAGCUUUUAUUUGCUGGUAAAUAAUUACAGUUGGUAGUUUGCCAUAUGCCUUCUUAGCAAUAAGCAUAGAACAUACAGUAGUUAUCAAUGUAAUAUAACAGUUGUAUAAAAACAGUUGUGACAUGUGACCAAUCUAACAGCAACUACCUUUUAAAGCAAGUCACAUCCUCUAUAAACAGGAAUGUGAUUCCUAAGCCUAAAGGAGCAGAACUAUUGUCAAUAUUGAAUAUUUCUGUAAAUGUCUGUAUAUAGAGUACAAUAAAUAUUGUUUGUUCUA